GCGUUAGUCCAAUUGAUCGUGAUGAAAUCCACCAAGCGUUGCUUGGCACAAAGGAUUUUGUGGAAGCCUCGUUAUUUGACAAUGCGAAAGGCCAUGCAGUGAUAAUGCUACAAAGGGAAUGGCUGAAAUACUUAAAAUAUGACCUUAGGACUUUUUUGGAUUUUCUACCGCCGAUCGAUGACUGGCAAUUCAGCUAUCCCGGUUCCACCGAGUCGCAGAGACAACGUAGACUACUUCAGUCGCUGGAUGAUGCAGAGAAAAUCAAUGCAGAUAGAAGUCCCAGCGCCUUGAAAAGGAAAAAGGAAAAAGAACGGAGAAAGAAACAGGCUGCAAUCGCCAGGAAGAAACUGCUGAAGGAAAUGAAAAAGAAGAAUAAAAAGGUAAAAAAGACGGGCGGGCAGGUAACGAUCAGGACACCCGGUGAGGAGGCAGAACAGAAGGGAUUGGAAGAAAAAGAAGAGAAAGACGAUGAGAAGCAGGAGAUAACGUUCAGUUCUACUUUCAGGAAUAGAAG